AAUCCAACAAAGAGUCAGCGACUAUAACCUUCGCUCAAGUCCACAUUCCUGUUCACUCGAUCCAAAUUCAUCCAUCAGAACUCACAAUGGCGCGAACAGCCAUCUCCAGCCUUGCACGAGCAACGGCGCGAUCAAUGAGACCACACUCCUCACUCACAGCUCCUCGUUCUCUUCCCAUCCGUCAACCUGCCUUACAAAUCUCUCGUGUUCUUUCAAUAUCCCCUGCUCGGACAUUCUCUUCGACAAGAGCCACGUACAAGGGUCUCUCCCCAGAAUCCGAAGAUCCGCAGCCCAUUCCCAAGCAGCCAUUAUCAAACACUGCUACGAAGCCCACGGAUAUUACAGCCCAGGAAUAUGAGGAGCUAUCUAAUUCAUAUAUGGACUUCCUUGUGGAGAAACUAGAGGAGUUGCAAGAGGAGAAGGAGGAAGUCGAUGUGGAAUACAGUUCCGGCGUUCUCACCCUCAAGUUCCCCCCGGCCGGAACCUAUGUGAUUAAUAAACAGCCUCCGAAUAAGCAGAUUUGGCUCUCGUCGCCGAUUUCCGGGCCCAAGAGGUAUGAUUACGUGGUGGUGAGUGAAGGGCAGGAUGCGAAGGAGGAUACAGGCGCAGGUAUAUGGGUGUACUUGAGAGAUGGGUCAACGCUGGCAGGUCUGUUGGAGACUGAGCUGGGCAUUGAUUUGAGCAAGUUGGAAGAAUAGGUGUCGCUUCUGCCACAUCGAACGUGUACUUUUAAGGUUGGAGUGUAGAGAUAUAGGGAGAUAGCAUGGUAUGAUGUCGGCAGGCUGUCUUUCAGAAUUAUGGUUCAAUAUGAAGAGCAGCGUGGCAGG